AUGGCCCGCAACAGCGCGGCUCUCGCCCUCCGCACACCCCUCAGGACCUCAACACCGCUCUCCACCUGCGCCCGCACCUUCACAACCACAACCACUCGAACAAUCUCAACAACCACACCACGCCGCCAUGACGAACCCAAAAUAACCUCCCGCGAAACACUCCUCCCUCAAACCCACUACGACUUCUUCCCCUCCCUCGGCCCGGACGCUCUCCCGCCAAAAGGUCCCUUCACUCUCGACCUCUCCCUCCUGCGCCGCGAGUUCCUGCAGCUGCAAGCAAAAGCCCACCCGGACCUCGCACCACAGGAAAAGAAACGCCAAGCAGAAGCACUGUCAGCACGUAUAAACGAAGCUUACAAAACACUUCAAAACCCACUGCUGCGCGCGCAAUACAUCUUGGAAUUACGCGGGAUAGACGUGGCAGGGGAUGAAACCGCAAAGGUCGAGGAUCCAGAAUUAUUAAUGGAGGUGUUGGAGACGAGAGAGGUUAUUGAAGAGGCGGCGUCAGAAGAGGAACUACAGCCGCUGAGAGAGUUGAAUGAAAGGAGGAUUGCAGGCAGUGUGGGGGUCUUGGAAGAGGCGUUCAAGAAUGAUGAUAUGGAUGCUGCAAAGGAAGAGGCUGUGAAAUUGAGGUAUUGGAUUAAUAUCAGGGAGAGUGUUGAUGCCUUUGAGCCUGGCAAGCCUGUUGUGUUGAUUCAUUGA